AUGGCAACUCAAAAUGAUCUACAAGAGCUCAUACGCCUGCUCACGGCGCGUAAAAUGACCAUGAUGGCAGCCAUGGGACAGGUGAAAGCUCUACAAUCACAAAACCUACGAAGUAUCGCGCAAAUUGCUGAUGCGCCUUUGGCCACAGUCGAGGAGGCCCUCGGUGGCGAUGCCAAAGCUGCAAAGAGCUUGCACACGGCGUGCAAGAACCAUGAAAAGAAGACAGGGACAAAACGUGCAGCAGAGGAUGGCCCCGUUAUCACUGAAGUAAAGAAGCCCAAACUAGAAACCCAUCGACGGGAUUUGGACUACAGUGCCAUGUCUGGAGAUGACCUUGAGACGGCUUUGGAGUUGCCACUGGAGGAGGAUGAAGAAGUCAUUCGAAAUACCACUAUUGUCACGAACCGAGCACCGUUAUUUCUGGCUUUUGCUGUCGAAUUGUUGAGAUUUACCAUGCCAGAGCAGCCACCGAGCAGUCGAUUGAGUCUAGCGCAAGCAGUGGUGAGUGCCAACUCAAGGUCCAAAGCUGUAAGUAUAGGCAUCGAAAAGGGGCCUCCAGAGGGUGAGGAGAAAGUUCCUGGGGGCCAACCCAAGAUUACUAUCAUGAACCGUCCCAUACCAGUUCUGAAGCGAAGCGGGUAUACUUGGUCAGGGUCCUCUCGACCCUCCUCGUUGAAUGCUUCCUCUGUCACGCUUAAAGGCAGCCAACCGAAUCCAAAAGGCUGGACUGCGAGUCAGAAACUCAUUUCAAGAGGGUCGACUUUUAUAGCCCAUGCUAUACCUAUAACCUCGCCUUCUACGCGCCCGGCAGUCUUCAAGGCCCUCAUGGCGCAGAAGCCAGAACUGGAGACUGCUACUCACAACGCCUGGGCAAUCCGGACCAGCUUUGGAAACUCGCCGCUCAAGCAGGAAGCGUCCUUUGAUGAUGGCGAAUCUGGCUGUGGGGUCUUUUUGCUCCAGCAACUGCGCGAUCUCGACAUCAGCAACACACUUGUUGUUCUUACAAGAUGGUACGGUGGUGUCAUGCUUGGUCCAGAUCGGUGGCGCCUGAUGAGAGAAUGCCUCAACGAUGCUCUAUCGUCACAAAAGCGCACAUCCAGUCUUGAUGGAGAACCAGUCUGGGCUCUUGAUCUAGAAGAUAAGAAGCCCUCGAUAUCGACAGUAGGUAUGCCAGUCCACAGACCAGAAGGCGCGCGAAACUACAUACUCCGGGCUUUUGCACCAGUGGAGGAUAGCGGAAAGAAGACAGUUGCAGCAGCCAACGAAGAGAAGCAGGAGAACUUGGGCCGUGUACUUGGCGCGCUACGGCUGCUAUUUGCCAGUUGGGCUGGUACUGUAGGUCGUGAUGAGUUGGAUAAACGUGCGUGGAGUUGGUACAUAAAUCUUCGACCGGACGUGGAUGCUGGACCAGCGGGAUGGGGGGCCAAGGGGACGCUGAAUCUAGGAAGAAUAUUGGAUUUGAGGAGAAAAGACGGCACAUGA